GUCAACAAACUAAACUAAACUAAACUAAACUCUUUGGUCGGUCCAAAGACUAAUAGCCUGUCGUAAUAAUAUUUUCUUUUUUAUAACCGCUUGGUUUUAACCGGGUUUGGGCUCUCCGGCGACGGCUAAAACCUGCAUCUCAUUAGAAAACAGAGUAUUUAAUAGCUGAGAGAGAAGAGAAGUGACGAGGGUUGAUUGAAAAAUCUAAAGGUAUCAGAUGGGAAGCAGCAACAGAAUCGGGGAGCAGAAAAAGCAAAUGGCAGAACUGAGCAAAAACCUUAAAGAAGGUGAGAGGAUUCUGGAGCCAACACGUAGACCUGAUGGUACUCUCCGCAAACCCAUCCGGAUUCGAGCUGGAUAUGUUCCUCAAGAUGAAGUUGUCGCUUAUCAGUCCAAAGGUUCUUUGAUGAAGAAGGAGCUGGCCUCACUAGGACUUCCAGGUUAUGAACCGGAUCCAACUCCUAAACCAAAGACGAAAGCUGCUAAGAAGAACGAACGUAAGAAAGAGAAGAGAUUACAGGCUGCUGCGCAGAAAGGUACCAGCUCUGAGGAUGGAUCAGCUAGUUAUGUUGUAGACAAGGAAGAAGCUGUUCACAUUGUGACUCCAAACGAUGGAUCCCAAUCUGUGAAUGCAGUGGUUUCUGGUCUAGAGGCUUUAGACGUUUCUUCAAAUAAUGACGUAGCGUCUUCGGACCUUGGAGAAGCACCCAAUCCAGUAACUGCAAGAGAAGACACUGAGAAAAGAAUACGUGCACUUAAGAAAAAAAUUCGACUCACAGAAGCUCAACAGCAGAAGACUGCUCCCAAAGACCUUAAGCCGGAGCAAUUGGAGAAGUUCUCUAAGUUGGAGGAAUGGAGGCAAGAACUCAAGGCUUUGGAGGAUAAGGAGGCUUAGCUUUCUGCAGCAUCAACAUGAAUUGUCUAGCUUUUAAACAGGUUGUAGCUUUUCUCAUGAAAUUGCUGGAACCAAUCCAAAUUUGUAUGAGUGAACAGAAGGUUGUUCUUGAAGUUUUCGUCAGAAAUCUGGUUAAUGAACUUGCCACAUUGCUUAAUUUCUGAAGGAAAUUGAUAUUACUUUGUGUUUUGUCCUUGCUCAAAGCCUAGGAUUUUAAUGAGAUGCUUUAAAGUUGC